CAUGUGCUGAACCAGAAGAAUAAACUGGAGGCUGAUACAUCCCAGCUUCAAACUGAGGUGGAGGAGGCAGUGCAGGAAUGCAGAAAUGCUGAAGAGAAGGCCAAGAAGGCCAUUACUGAUGCUGCCAUGAUGGCAGAGGAGCUGAAGAAAGAGCAGGACACCAGCGCUCACCUGGAGCGCAUGAAAAAGAACAUGGAGCAAACCAUCAAAGACCUGCAGCACCGUCUGGAUGAAGCUGAGCAGAUCGCCAUGAAGGGAGGAAAGAAGCAGAUUCAGAACCUGGAGGCCAGGGUCAGGGAAUUUAGUAAAGUGGAAAGUGAACAGGAAAAAGGCCAGUGA